GCAGGUCUCAUGGUACCAAGUGACGUGUCCCUCCUGUGAGAUUCAGCCCCCCGAGCCUCCCGAGAAGAUGUCAGGGAUGCAGGCCGUCUGGCCAUCCGGUACAGAGUGUAUCGCCAAGUACAACUUCCACGGUACCGCCGAGCAGGACCUGCCCUUCAGCAAGGGAGACGUCCUCACCAUUGUUGCUGUCACCAAGGAUCCCAACUGGUACAAGGCGAAGAACAAGGUGGGCCGGGAAGGCAUUAUCCCUGCUAACUACGUGCAGAAGCGGGAAGGAGUGAAAGCCGGGAUCAAGCUCAGCCUCAUGCCGUGGUUCCACGGGAAGAUCACGCGGGAGCAGGCGGAGCGGCUGCUGUAUCCGCCGGAGACGGGACUCUUCCUGGUGCGGGAGAGCACCAACUACCCGGGUGACUACACCCUGUGCGUGAGCUGCGAGGGCAAGGUGGAGCACUACCGCAUCAUCUACUCCUCCAGCAAGCUGAGCAUCGACGAGGAGGUCUACUUCGAGAACCUCAUGCAGCUCGUGGAGCAUUACACCACGGAUGCCGACGGACUCUGCACGCGCCUCAUCAAGCCCAAGGUGAUGGAGGGCACAGUGGCGGCGCAGGAUGAGUUCUCUCGAAGUGGCUGGGCCCUCAACAUGAAGGACCUCAAGUUGCUGCAGAUCAUUGGCAAAGGAGAGUUCGGAGAUGUGAUGCUGGGUGACUACCGGGGCAACAAAGUCGCUGUGAAGUGCAUUAAAAAUGAUGCCACUGCGCAGGCCUUCCUGGCGGAGGCGUCCGUCAUGACGCAGCUCCGGCACAGCAACCUGGUGCAGCUCCUGGGGGUGAUCGUGGAGGAGAAGAGCGGCCUCUACAUCGUCACCGAGUACAUGGCCAAGGGCAGCCUCGUGGACUACCUGCGAUCGCGCGGGAGGUCGGUGCUCGGCGCGGACUGCCUGCUCAAGUUCUCCUUAGAUGUCUGUGAGGCCAUGGAGUACCUGGAAGCCAACAACUUUGUGCACCGGGACCUGGCAGCCAGGAACGUGCUGGUCUCAGAGGACAACAUUGCCAAGGUCAGCGACUUUGGCCUCACCAAGGAGGCCUCGUCCACGCAGGACACAGGCAAGCUGCCUGUCAAGUGGACAGCGCCGGAAGCACUUAGGGAAAAGAAAUUCUCCACCAAGUCAGACGUGUGGAGCUUUGGGAUCCUCCUGUGGGAAAUCUACUCCUUUGGGCGAGUGCCUUAUCCGCGAAUCCCCCUGAAGGACGUGGUGCCCCGCGUGGAGAAGGGCUACAAGAUGGACGCGCCUGAUGGGUGCCCAGCCGCCGUGUAUGAGGUGAUGCGGCGCUGCUGGACGCUGGACGCAGUGCACCGGCCGCCCUUCCACCAGCUCCGCGAGGAGCUAGCGCAUAUCAAAGACAAGGAGCCCUACCUGUGA